UAAUAUUUACUUAAUCAUAGGCGGGCUAGCAUUAUUAAUUUGAUCAAGUGUCUCUCAUUUUAUUACCUAAUCAUUUUUUUUUUCUUGUACAUUGGCAUUCACUAAUCCUACCAUGUCCUCUUCACUCCACCGUCCGCCUUCUGAAGAAUCCGACGAAGAUUAUCUCCAUACUCUGUUGGCUUCUACUCGCCCUUUCCUUCGUGGAGAGCUGGUCUCCAUCGACAAGAAUCUCCCCUCCUUGGUUGCAGUCUUGCAUUCUGCUGGCGCGGGAGAGUGUUGGCACAGGAAUGGCAGCUUUCUGGAGCAUUUAUUCGACACCUAUCGCAUUCUCAAGAUCUGGAAAGCUCCGGACUCCGUCUGUCUUUGUGGCCUCUUCCAUUCUGCUUAUUCCAAUUCUUACGUCAAUCUCGCCAUCUUUGAUCCUAAUACAGGACGCGACGUGGUACGUGGACAUGUUGGUGAGGCUGCAGAGAGGCUGAUUCACUUGUUCUGCGUCGUUCCUCGCCAACCCUUGAUCCAUGACGAUCUCUUGUUCAAGUAUUCGGACUCUGAACUCGCCGAACACCUUAUUCUAUCCGAGAUGUCCCUGAAAAAUGCGAAGGAGAAGGACCUUUUUCAUGGAGAGGAAGAAUCCUGGAGGAAGAAACUCAAUUCUCUUUUGCCUGCUGAAGGCAUCACUGUCAAACAUAUCAAGACUGGCGAAGAUUUUAUUGUAACGAGAAGAAUGGCGGCUGUUUUUCUGAUGAUGACCAUUGCAGAUUUCAGCGACCAAUUUUUCAGUUAUCAGGAUGUGAUGUUCGAAAAUUAUGAUGGCAGGCUCGAGUUCAAAGGUAGUAAUUUCGAGAAUUGUCUGUGGCCUGGUGAUGGCAAGCCCGGGCUAUGGAUGAAUUCGGUAUCAAGAAUGGGCGCCAUUUACACUCUGAUAAGGCGAGAGGAGGAGAUUUUCAUCGAGGAGAGGAAAAGCAGGGGCGGAAUUGAGGUAGACGAAGCGAGGGACGAAACUAUAGAGCUCGUAGUUCCGCCCGUGUUUGAUAAGUGCACUAAGAUUUUAGAUGCAAAAGAGCAAGUAGAGGCAAGGGACUUGUACUGGAAAGGGGUUUGUGAAAUGUCCCAAAAGAACUCUGAAGAAUUGCUGGAGCGUAGUAUCGAAAAGAACCCGUAUGUUGGAGAGCCGCAUGUGGUGUUGGGUCAGGUGUAUAUGUUGAAAGGGAGGUUUGAGGAGGCAGAGAGAGUGGCGGAGAGGGGGGUGAGGCUGCUGUUGGAGUGGGGGAGCCCCUGGGACAAGAGGAUGUCAUGGGAAGGAUGGGUUGCUUGGGGUAGAUUAGUUCUGAUGAAGGCUAAAGAAAAGUCGUGGCCUGACUCUACUUGGGGCAUGGUUAAUUUAGGCCUUGUCAGAUAAAUGAACUUUCAGAAAAUUGGUCAUGCGAAUGGUUCAGAAUUAAGGUUAAAGAUCUAUGUGUCAUAAAACAUAGAUACGGUUAAAUUUUAUCAUGUUGCAUAUUGACAUGUAAAUUCGUUCAAUCCAUUUAUGACACAAUGAGAACAUAUUGUGUUGUGUUUUGUCAAUAUAAGUGUUUUCCAAAUUCAAUCAAAUAAAUAAAUGGGUUAAACGUGUCGUU